GCAUUAGCCCUUGUAAUUGGGGAUAGCGUACAAGGAUUAAGGCGAAUAAGAGGCUAUUCCCACCUUCUUUAAAUCCUAAAAAGGAAACAAUAUUUUCAUAAUAUUACAAAAUAUUAUGAAAGUUUGAAAAUACUUUUAGGAUAUAUGGGAAGCCCUCCCAUUCGGAAGUACUUCGGAUCAAUCCUGAGUUACAGGGCCAAUCCUUAAUUAAAGCGCAGCACCCUUUAGGGUGCGACAGGCGAGUUUACGUAGCCAGCACGAGUACCAAUUUUUAGGUACCUCCUAACCUAUGCCCAUGCCCGUGCCCGUGCUUAAGUAAACCAGCCAUAAAAGCUUCCCUUCUCUUCAGCAAUCGCGAGUCCUGCGCGGGAUCCUAAUACCUACCUCAAAACACCUGAAACCAAGACUUUCAAUUCUCAAUUACAAAAUCAAUUACACUCAUCAUUCUAACAUGGCGUCUACAUCUCUAGACCUGACCCUUCCAGAAGCCGCGCCCGAACUCACCACAUACGGGAAAUACCACUGGGGCGACGCUGUUUUCUACCUUUAUAAUCUCGUCCCCGGUGUCAACUUAACUGAAGUCGCCGCCGGCCUGCAAGAAGAGUGGUUCGAGGAGGAAAACGAAACACCCAUAAUCAAAAUCGCCCAACCCGAGGCUGAUUUCGCAGGCAAGACGCUCAGCGAUGUGGUCGCUGCUCACGUCGCCACGGAUAAGGGAAUCAAGCCCCAUAAGGGGAAAGGUCGCGGCUCAAAAGGAGAUAUCUCCGUCUAUCCGACGGCUUUUGUCGUAGUGACAAAGAAAGAUUGGAAGGAAGACGGCGGAUUACUAUGGGUCUACGUGAUGGAUGGCAAGAAAGGCAAGGGGGGAAAGUUGGAUAAGUAUUUCUUCAAAUUCGAAGAUGCGUAUCUGCUGCUUUCGGGGGUGUCUUUUGCGGACUACACACUAAAUGAUGCGAAGGAAAGAUUUGAUAUUGAGGCACAGCACGACGACGAUGAUGACGAAGAAGAGACGACCGACGAAGAGGACGAUGACUGAGGAGGCAGUAGAGGUUGAUCUUGAAGGUGGAUAGACGCGCAUGUGUCAAAGCGCUCUAAAAUGAGGCU